GUCAUUGCUGGAGAAUAGGAUAAACGUAACCACUAGAAAUGACAGGCUGCAAAAUCUGGAGGAUAAAUCAAGAAAGCUGGAUCAUAGGCUGCACUUGGUCAGUGUUGAGAAUGAAAAACUAAAGAGAGAGAUGUACUUCCUAAAAUCAUGUUUGAAGGAGCAAUGCAAAGAAGAUACAUGUGAUAAGGACAAUAGAGAGUGCCCUUCCCGGCCGUGCCCUCCCCAGCUGUGUCCUACUCAGGACUGUGCAGAGAAUGCGCUUGGCUGUCCCACACAUACAUGUGAUACGGGCAAGGGGGAGUGCCCUCCUCAAGACUGCAAAGAGGAGAAUUUACCUGGAAACUGCAAUGAGCAAACUAGAAGUUGCACCCAAUCUGGUGUAAGUUAUAACCAUGGAGACUCUUGGAGGUCGGUGGAGAGUCCUUGUGAUAUCUGCCACUGUUUGGACGGUUAUGUUCGCUGUGAGAGGGAGCAGUGUUAUACUCCCUGUAGAAACCCUGCUGCUCCUCCUCCAAAUACCUGCUGUCCAGUCUGUGAAGGCUGUGAUGUGAAUGGACAUGAAGUCCCUAAUGGAGCUGUGAUCCCUGUUGGAGACCCUUGUCAAGAGUGUAGAUGCAAGAAUGGAAAUAUGGUGUGUUCAUACGUUCGCUGCCCUGCUCCGUCUUGUCACAAUCCAGUGCAUCAUGCUGGGGAGUGUUGUCCACGAUGCGAGCAGUGUGAAUAUGAGUCCAAAGUGUAUGGAAAUGGAGAAAGGUUCACCUCAAAGAGAGACCCCUGCCUCCAAUGCUACUGCUCUGCAGGUGAAGUGUUCUGUAUAAACAUGUCUGGAUCAUGUCCUACAUCACACUGUACUCAUUCAGCUAGGCACAGAGGAGAGUGUUGUGCCACAUGCAAUGACUGUGAGUAUGAACAGAGGGUGUAUGCUAAUGGGGAAAUGUUCAGGAUUCCUGAGAGUGGACCCUGCCUGCACUGCAGGUGUAAGGGUGGGAAUAUAACUUGCCAUGAGAAGAAGUGCCCUCCUGUCCACUGCUCCAACCCGAUUAAUCAUCCACAUCUUUGUUGUCCAAGCUGCUAAAGAAAUUUCUGACUCACACACACAUUUACAGUGCAUGUGCUGCUUACAAGGAUGUUUUAGGAAGACCGAGGUUGGUGCCAGUAUUCUUUUUUUUUUUUUUUUUUUUUAAAUAAUAGCCUAACAGCUCUGGAUCAGCAUGAGGCUAUGUGGCAAAUCCUGACAAGAAACCACAGGGGGAUGCCCAGCAGAGAGACUAAAAGAUUCCCCCAUGUUUUGAGGGUGAAUGGGAAUCAGAGUGCUGCAUCUGGCUCAUUUCUGAAUCUCUGCCACAGGACAUCAAAGUGUAAAAUUCUGCAAUUUUAUGAUCCUGAGUGUUUGAGUCUGCAUGCUUACUACAACAACGGCCAGGCUUUACUGCUUGUCUAUGCUUUUUUGAGUUUGUGUUUGUCAAUAAACCAUCAUACAACUGAA